CGGAGAGAGCGCACGAUGAUAAACACCCAGGACAGUAGUAUUUUACCUUUGAGUAACUGUCCCCAGCUGCAGUGCUGCAGGCACAUCGUUCCAGGGCCUCUGUGGUGCUCCGAUGCCCCUCACCCACUGUCGAAGAUCCCCGGUGGGCGAGGGGGUGGCAGGGAUCCUUCUCUUUCAGCUCUGAUAUAUAAGGAUGAGAAGAUCACUGUUAGCCAAGAUGUCCCAGUGCACGAAGGGAAGCCUCACACUGUCCACUUCCAGUACAAGGUCACAGAGGUAAAGACCUCCUCCUGGGAUGCAGUGCUCUCAAACCAGAGCCUCUUUGUGGAAAUCCCUGAUGGAUUAUUAGCUGAUGGAAGCAAAGAAGGGUUGUCAGCACUGCUGGAGUUUGCUGAAGAAAAAAUGAAAGUCAACUAUGUCUUCAUCUGCUUCAGAAAAAGCAGAGAAGAUCGAGCUCCACUCCUGAAGACAUUCAGCUUCCUGGGCUUUGAGAUCGUGCGGCCUGGCCAUCCCGCUGUCCCGUCACGGCCGGACGUGAUGUUCAUGGUGUAUUCCCUGGAUCAGAGCUCUUCCUCCGAUGAAGAAUAGCUGCACAGGGGAACUCCAGUGGGACCCUAACAGGCUGUGGAGGGGAGACAGGACCACCUCCUUUCCUGAGGAGAGGGAAGCAGAGCUUCUGUCGGACUGCAAGCGCAUUUCUCAUUGUUAGAUUGGGCUGUGUAUCCCCAGAGUUGACUCUCAUUGAAACAUGUUGCCUAGAGAACUAUCUAUCACACAUGUAAUCAUCAGUAGGAAAAGGAAGAUGUUUAUGAACUGGCAUAGGAGCUCUUCCCAUGCAGCUGCAUGGUGUGGGAGCCCCGGGGUCAGUACCACCUUCGGGACUCCUCCAAACCCCCAUUGGAGCCUCCUGCCCGCCCAGCGUGGGCUCAGCUGGGACACGACCCAUUCAUUCCCCACUCAAGACCUUAAAAACAGCCUGGCUUGGUGUGGGGCUCGUGCAGGAGACACUCAAGUUUAUCCUUUAACACUACAUUAAACCCCCCAUGCAUCUCCACUCCACUGCUGGUUUAACUGGUCUAACCUUUUUUUUUUUUCCCUUUUUUUUGAAACUUCUUGCUCUUCCAGUUUUUGUUUUACGCAGUCUUAACCCUGUUCCACGUUCCCACUACACUAUCAUGGCAUUCAAUAAAAGGGGCAUUCAGAUGAACUACA